GCAAGACUGAGUGAGUCGGGGCGGUAUGUCCGCGUCCGUCUCUUGAUUAUCUGCCUACAUGCCACUGAAGGGUUCUGCCUACCAUAUGCUCCACUGAAUUGAUCAAUCAAGACGUUAUUCACCACACAAGUCAGUGAUCGAUCACUGAUGUAUCUCACAAAUACGAAGUAAGCAACCGCCCUUCAACACACUCACACGGACAGCAGCCGGCAAAAGCAAAUAUUCCGUCUGUCCGUCCGGGAAGCAGCCACACCCACACCCGCGAUUGCCGACCAGACUGAGUCAGAUGAGCAGUUGUUCGAUGGUGUCCUUGAGGUCAGUGAUCUGUGAGUUGAGGUUGCUGCCCUCCUUGGAGAUGACCGAACACGCUAUCACCGGCCGAGUCACACCUGCCGCACGACCCAACGCCACCUUCGACCGCACAAAGACAUACGGCACGUUCUGAACCCAACCCACACACAGACACAGAGAGAAAGACAGAGAAGCAACCAACAGACGAACGAAUGCACACCUCUCUCCUCUCCUUGCGUCUCCAGUUUGUUCUAGCUGCUUCUCUGCAGUUGCCUUGCUGAGUGGCUGACCUUGUCUUCGCACACAAGCGGCAAGUGCAGGAGGAUCUCGAGAGGCUCCGCGUCGGCCGCAAGGAUGAUCAACUCGCUCGUCCCGCGAUUCAGCGUCUUGGUGGCUGAUGAAUGGACGCACCGGAAGUCACAGACCAUCACACACUCAUCCCGUCGCUCAAGGAGUGUCUGUCACCCAUGCCGUAUAUCCAUUCACAGCGUAUGUACCUUCGUUUGCUCCCUUUUUGAGUUGCUUGUAGUUGACGGCCUGCUGCACGACAUCGAGGAUCUUCUUGGUGACGUCGGGGUUGGCCAGAGGAUAGGCCUUGGGGUUCACCUGGUGGCCAAACAGAACAAACAGGUGAGGCAAACACAUGCACAUACAUGCUAUGCUGCGUGGAUGUCCGCAUUCACUGUGGCCUUUCUCACCUCCUCGUCAUCCAUGGCUGCGGCUGCGGCUGCUCACUCACAAUUCGGUCAGUCAA